AUGGGUGGAACAUCAUAUGGAGGCAAUGAACUUGGUCAUGGAUAUGAAGGUAUAAAUAUCUCUGAUCCAACCAUAUGCCAAAGAGUUUUCACAAUAAAUAAACUGAAAGAAUGCUUGUUCAAGGAGAAAAUAAUUCUAAUUCGAUCACCACCAAUGGCUGGUAAAACUUCACUUGCACAACUUCUUGAAAAACAACUUUUGACUGAUUGUCCUGAUAUGAGAAUCAUUAGAAUUUCAUUAUUGUGGAUGGAGGAUGAUGAUCCAAAUUGGAAAUUCUCUGACUGCUUCAGUUGGCUCAUGAGAGGAAUUGGUUGGCAUCAAUUUGUAGCAGAGUGUUCACAUAUUGAAACUGUUUUAAUUGUUGAUGAGGUACAAAAAAUUUAUAGGUUAGGCUCAGAAAAUGCUGAACCACAUCAUGAAGGAAAGGAAUUCGUUUCUAUGGGCCUCAAGCACUAG